AUUCUUAUUAACAAAUAACCCCCGUGAUAAACAGCAAGCAUGGCCAGCGGAGUACCAAUUAUUAUUCUGAGUAAGUUACUAAUGUUUAUUAAAAGUUACAGUAUUCAUUUUAGUGUAAACUAAGCAAUCUAAAAUUCAAUUAUUUUUUCGUUAAAUUUCAGACCAAAACACAAAGAGGGAGUCUGGAAGAAAAGUCCAGCUUGGAAAUAUUGAAGCCGGCAAGGUAGGACCCUCAAUAAUGUAGUCAUAAUAGGAAAAAGUAAAUGAUAAAGAGCGUCGCUAACGCAUACAUAGUGUAGAUUCCAGAAUGUUCUUUUAUUUUCCUGUAUUUUUUCUGUCCAAUUUUUCUAAAUUAAAUGAUUAUGACUAUUAAUUGGUAAUAAUUUUGCAAUCUGUCGCCUACACAAAUGUUUCAAGCGUCUUUUAAUUAUUCAAGUCCUGACCGUUGUUAAGUUAGCUCACUAAUCUGAACUUACUUCUCGAUACUGACGGCUGAUGGUCAUGGUUUCAUUACAAAAAAUAUAAAAAAAUUAGGUAAUUUAAAAAUUUAAUUUUAGUUUUAGUAGGACAUUAAAUGGCCAUUGGGCUAAUAUUAAGGACGGCUGCCACGGCGUCUUUUGUGUGUUUAUUAUAGUUGCUUGAGGGAUCGAUUUAGGGUUCAUUAGGAUAGGCAUACUCGGCAUAAGGAUCGAUUUAGGGUUCAGGUUAGGCAUAGGGAUCGAUUUAGGGAUACAUUCGUGAAAUUCGAUAAAAUAGUGGCAGUCGUCCUUAAAAUUUACCGGCCAUUGUUUUUGAUUGAGGCUGAGGCCCGUUGUCACGGUUGAAAAGAACCUCAGUGUGGCCCACACGCUGGAAAUUUUGUAUUUCUCAUUUCUGUCACCCUAGGUCCUAGACCUUAGUCCUAGUGUACCACAAAGAGUUUCAUUUUGACAAACUUUAUAAAGCCCAUCCAUAUGAUGCUUGAUGUCACACUUGUAAGGGUUGGGUGGGUCACGAAUCCGUGAUAAAAUGAUAUGUGGUAAAAGUGUCUUUAUUCUUAAUGGCAAUGGCAACAAAUUGCGCUGGAUCCGGGAAAUUCAAUUGUUUCACAUGUGAACAGUAUUCUUGCUAGUUGGUUUGCUGUUCAUUUUGUCUUGGCACAACACAUGAAUAAUCAAAGUAUACCUUUUGCUUCAAACUAUAUCGGGAAGUUCUUAUCAGAGAGAAAGAAAACAGAGUUUAGGCUCUGAUUUGAUAGUGUUGUUGUCUAUGGCCGUUGGAAGAGGGGCCUACCCCUAGACUACUUUUCGCCACAUAUGUGUUUUCAGGUUGUGUGGGGCGACCCAUAUAAAAGGGUCAUUCAAGCCCCAAAGGUGUCCCGACCCUCAGGUUGAGAACCGCUGUCUAUAUUAAGUCAAUAUAAUGAGACAGGGCUGUGUGGGAUGUAUUAGGUAGCUACUUGGCAUGCCCCACAUUUGUGCAUUUAGUGGCAGGACAACAAAGUCACCAACACAACAGUCCUGGAUAGUGCCCACACAUUUUUCUGGCUCGGGUGAAUCAUAAAUUUGGGCCAUGCUAGUCACAAGUUGCUGUAUAGCAAACUGCCUUGGGAAGCUUAGCCCACUCGACGUGCUGUAUUAAAGACCGUUCUGGUUGGUGAAUUGCUGUCGAAAAGGGAUUUAAUCAGACUGAGAAAGUGCACACACUAACAUUGGAUAUCAGAAAAUCCAGUUGGAAGUCAAAAGAACAGUAAUUAAACCAGUCUUUAAAGCAAAUAUUUCUUAACUGCUGAUUUAAAUGUCCUUGUAGAUAAUACUGUAUGAUACACCACACCCACCAAAUACAUAUUAAUGACUGGAGUAAUAUUUGACUUCGCUCUAGUGAUUUUAGUUCAAGAAUAGUUUGAGUAGAGGCAAUUAGUAAAUUUGAAAAUUUAGCAAGUGAUAAGUUGAAGUAUUUUAGUUACAAUAAUGUGAUGAUACAAUCAUGCUCUUUAAUAAAUAAACUUUACAGGAAGAACACACUGUUUUUUAUGACUUUUGUGCAAUUGUUUUUCCACUAACAGACAGUUGCUGAUAUAAUCCGAACAUGUUUGGGACCAAGAUCAAUGUUAAAGGUAUUCUUUUCUAAAAUAUUUAAUAGCUUACAAAUGCAUAAUUAAAGAUAACUAUGGUUUUGGGUGUUGCUUGAAGAUGUCUUUCAAUUGAUCAUAUUUUUUCCUUUACCCUUAUUUGAUAAAAUUGUAAAAUUGUUUCCCUACUUUUUUUUUUUUUUUAUGUCAGAUGUUGAUGGACCCAAUGGGUGGCAUUGUCAUGACCAAUGAUGGAAAUGCCAUUCUUAGAGAGGUGAGUCCUAAGAAAAAUGUAUUGCCAUUUUUAUAAUUUUUUGCAGAAAAAAUGAAAGUACUGAUAAGUAAAUAUUUUUGGUAAAAUGUCUAGCACAGCAAACAUACCAUUGUUUAGAGCAGUGGUUCUCAACCUUCCAACUGCAGCGACCCUUUAAUACAGUUCCUCAUGUUGUGGCGACCCCCAGCCACCAAAUUAUUUUCGUAGCUACUUCAUAACUGUAGAGUAUAUGUGUUUUCAGAUGGUCUUAGGCGACCCCUGGGGAGGGGUCGCAACCCACAGGUUGAGAACCGCUGGUUUAUAGAAUGUUUAUAAUUGUAGCUUUGAAAAAAUUAUGUUUUGAAAUUUAAAGCCCCUCCUGCCUAAACUUUGUUAAUGUAAACUUAAUGUGAGUAUAUGAGGUUUCGACGCUUACCAGAUGCUGCACAGGUACAAUAUCCGGAACCAAGUCCGUAUCAAUACUGCAGUUGUGCUGUGUGUACGCUAACACAAGAAAACACAUCUGCACCCUGCUGUCGUAAGGGCCAUCCAUAUAUUACAUAGGCACAGAGGGGUGGGGUUGUUGAUUUAAGAGAUUUUUGCAUACUGGUGAUAUUGUACAAUGUGCAUGCACUUUUUAUACACACAUUCUGCCAGAACUAUCCUGAAAACAGUUAAUAAAUAGCCUAUUCUAUUUUCAUUAUAUCUCUUAUAAUAAUCUUUCCUCUCUUGUAUGAGUCUGUGUGUUUCCAAAAUUUGUGACAUAAUUAUUUAGUUCAACUGAACCAAACAUUAUAUUGGCUAGCCUGACAACGGUGUAGUACUAGAGCAGUGCAUGCUCCCUCCAAUUGCCACCUUCCUUAACAAAAACCUUUAGCUAGGAAAGUUAAUUUUAUUCCCCCUUCCUGUUGCACUUGAAGUUUUACAGGUUUAUAUGGAUUCUCAUAGUUGCCAUGCUUCUAGCAUCAACUACCAUUGCUUUUUGACUUGCCUGGGGGCUUGCUUUGGGAUGGACAUUUAGAAUGCAAGCUCAAUGUCUCCCUCACAGUAUUUCUUAAUAUACAUAUUCAUUACUAGUUAAUUCAGGGGUGGUCAAUGUUUUUGUCUGGAGGCUUGGGUAAUUUGUUGUUGGCGGCUCAUAAUUUGCUACAAGUCUAAAGCUCAAGUUAAGAAAUUGAAUUUUUUUUUUUAAAUAAUUAAGAGUAGAUGAUAAAGAACAGAUAAGUUGAGAAGAAAAUUCUUUAAUAAAUAGGAAAAUCAUAAAGCUGUUACCAGCUGAUUUGUAGUUAAUAGUGCAGUUAGUGAAAAAACAACCUGGUUCAUGGAAAGUCUUGCAUGCCACAUUAAUUGUUCAAACAAUAGCACUUACCUAGCAAUGUAUUGUCCAGAGGCAGGUCAUAAAUCAUUUAUUCACUUUUACAUUGUUCCAGCUCAAUGUUCAGCAUCCAGCUGCCAAAUCAAUGAUUGAGGUAGCUAGGACUCAAGAUGAAGAGACAGGAGAUGGGACUAAAUCUGUUAUUAUUUUAGGUAAAAUUUCCUGAUCAUGUAAAUUUAUUUAUUGAAGAUCUUUAAAUUACAAUUUUUACACUGUAGCCAUGUUAAUAACUAUCAGAAAUAAAAUAUAAAGUAAUCUUUUUUUCCUCAUUGCUAAUAUGAAUUUUGUUUUUUAAAGUGUUGUUUUUCCCAAAAGUGAAGUUCAUAGUGGUUUGAAAUUAUAGCAAUUUGCACUGAAUAACAUAAAUCAAUGUUAGCCUAUAUGUUGCCCUCUGUGUUUACUCUAGGUCCUUGCACACUUGAUACAUAGCUGCUACUCUUCAGUAUAUGCACCAAUUUGCAUUUUACAUUCUUUUAAUUUUUUUAGUAAACAAGAUUUGAUAUUACUGGAAAAAUUUUGUAAAUACAAAGUCAUAUUUUCAUUUCACAGCAGGGGAAGUUUUGUCAGUUGCUGAACAGUUCCUUCACCAACAGAUGCAUCCUACCAUUAUAAUAGCAGCAUACAGACAGGCAUUGGAGGACAUACUUGAUGAUCUCAAAAAUAAGAUUGCGUGAGUAGAUAUGAAUAAUUUAAGAGUUGACUACAGGAUACUUAGAGAUGAUUUAUUGCUGUUUGUCACAUUUAGUGGUUAUGCAAUUUGUCAGUUUCAAUAAAAAAGAUUGUUGUAUAAGACAUUUAAAAAUAGGAUUUUGUCUAAGGCCAGUGGUAAAAUGACAACUACUAAUCUAGUUUUAGUAUUAAAAAAAACAUAAAAUAUCUGCAAUGAAUAAUAAAUUAACUUAUCACUUAAUAAUAAAUUAAGAAAAUCUCAAUCGUUGCAAGAAAUGUUCUCCCUAGAUGCUUAAUUCUUUCAAUGUUUAAGGUUUUCUAUGUAGUAGAAUAAUAAUCUUGUGAAGUAAGAUAUUCAUUAUCAAUUGGUGGCAAGUAGGAGCUCAAGGGUUGGUGGUAGGUUUAUCUCAGCUUUUCCUAAAUAUGGUUUAUAUAAUAAAAUAUAAAAGUUAUGUCAUGGGAUGCAAUCUAUUAUUAUACAAAUUUGGUUAUCCUACAAUCAGCUGCAUGUUUAAAUUUUGUAUCCUCAGAGUUCCAGUGGAUAUAAAUAACAAAGAGGAAAUGCUUAAGAUUGUAAAGAGUAGUCUGGGAACUAAAUUCAUUAGUAAAUGGUAAGUAAAAUAACUUAUAUAGCAUAAAUUAAUUAAACUUAAACAUUUUUAUAUUCUGGUCUUCAGAUUUAAGAUGUUUAAAGCUAAUCAGUUUCCAACAAUUAAAAUCAUAGCACCAAUGGGCCAUCCAUUCCUCAAGUGAACUGAAAGGUAAUAUUUUCACACACACACACCCUCCUUGACAUACAUACUUUUUUGGGCUUACCCCUUUUGUGUAUAAAUAAGGCCCUUCUUUCUCCCUAACCCCAAAGAAAACCCACAAACCCAAACAUUAUACUUACAGACACGUAUGAAGUAAAAGGAAAUACAAAAAUCGUCCUAUACCAUGGUCUUUAACCUGGUGUACAUUGACCCUUUGUGAGAUGCAUUUCCUGGUCCAUGGCCUUCAUCUGACAGGUCAUGGAACGGAAAAGGUUAAGAACCCCCUGCUCAAAAAUGGUGUUAAAAUUAUGUUGUGUGUUUUUUCCUCUUUUGGUCACAGUUGCUGGCUUUGUCCUACUUUAAUUGAAUCUUUAGUUUAGCCAAAUGAAAUAAUAAAGUUGCAGUAACUGCAAAUCUCCUAAAUCAACAAUGCCCCACACACACCAAACAACACAACAUAUGCACACACACACGAUAUAAAGAUGAUAAAAAUUAUGAGCAGGCAGGUUUUUUGUGUAACAAGCUGGAACACGGGUGUGUUAAUAUAUGGUUUAUUGAAUGACACUUCUGUGUACUUUAUUAAGUGAUUUUUAUACAUAUAGAAUAUAGAUCCUUGUGUUGUCUUAACAGAUCAGCUUUUUUACAUUAAGUGUUAAUCAAUUACUCAAUCAGGAUGGAAUUAGCCUGUAAUAUUGCACUUGACGCUACCUCAACAGUUAUGAUUGAAGAAAAUAACAGAAAGGAGAUAGAUAUUAAGCGCUAUGCUAAAGUGGAAAAGGUAUGUCUUUAAAAUUUGUUUUCCUUAACUUACUUUAUCCAUCAUGUUUUUGUUUUUUUUCUUUUGUAUUACAUUAAUCCAAUUGUAUACUGUUUAGUGAUUAAGAUAAUGUACAUAACUUCAUAAUUAAUUCAGAUUCCAGGAGGCCUGAUUGAAGACUCUAAAGUGCUUAAAGGCGUAAUGUUCAACAAAGAUGUGACACAUCCAAAAAUGAGAAGGUUUGUUCCUUUGUCUCGUUUACUCUUUUUCCCACAGUCCACAGAAACUUUCUAAUGAGAUGUUAUAUUUACUUAACCUUUAUAAAUUGGUGCCCAAAUUUGAAACACUUUUAACAGUUUCUACAUAUACAAUUUUAAUCCUUUUCAUUAACUCUUUACAAUCCUAGAAUUUUUUUUCUCUCAUAUUUUUGGUGACCUUACAAAUAUGUCGAUUGCUUUUAGAAUCCAUGUCUAGAGUUCAUGGUGUUGUAUAUAAAUAUGUAGGCUUGAGUUGAAUGUUACUUCUAAAGUUAUAAGUUCAACUCUUUGAAUUUUUUAUUAAAAUUAUCAAACAUAAUUUUUUUAAUGAAAAAUUGUAAUAGUUUUGGUGAUCUGCAAAGAUGAAAAUAAAAUAAACUACCUAGUAUAUUUUCAUAAAAUCUGUUGAGAAUGAAAACUGAUUUUUGUUAUGUCAUGAGAUAAUCAGAAAAUUUUAUGAGCAUUUGACAAAAUUCUUAAUGAUUUUUUCUAUAUGGGGAAAUGAUUUUUAAAAAGUAACCAUUCCCCACCCCAUCACAAAGUGUUCACAAUAAUUACAAUUAUUAUUAUUUUACCUGUUAAAAUUAUUUACGCACAAGAAAACAGAUGUAUUCUAUUUUAUUUUGUCUUAUUUACACUUGAGGCACUUGGAACAUUAUCAGUUUUAGUAAUCCGUCUAAUGCUUUAAAAAUUUCCUCAGUGAAAUCAAUGUGGAGUUAUCAAUUAGGUAGCGUUAUUUCAUUUUUGUCAGGAUUUUCUUUUCUCCACUCCUAAAAGAGAUAUAGCUGGCAAUAUCAACAGUACUGUUUUGUUAACAUUGUGGUAAACAUCCAUUUAUCAACUGGUCAACACAACACAUAAAUGAAUUGUAUGAUUUAAAUUUAUGAAUACUUCGUUGGCUCACCAAUAAUUGAUUAACCCUUCUGGUACCGAAGUACUUUUUUGCUAUGUGUAGCCUCAGUACCGGCUAUUAUUUUGCCAAUUCUUCCAUGUGGCCAUGAUAUUAUUUCGGAAUAAGCCAAAAUAUGAUAGGUUUGCAAAUUAUUUUGUACCUUUUCUGUUUUAAACAAUUGGUAAUAAGAUGUAAGAAUUAUCUGUUCAGUAAUGGAUAGGGGUAUCAAAAAUACUAAUGUGUUUUGUUCACACAACUGUAACCCAUGUGUGUUUUCAGAUGGUCUUAGGCAACCCCUGGGAAAGGUUGAGAACCGCUGUAAUAUAAUGAAGAAAAUAUUUUAUGAGUCAAAUAACCUGCAUUCAUAAAGUUACACAUUUUCUAUGCGAAAGGAAAAAAGAGUUAAUCCCAUAAUGUCUCGAUAUAUAGAAUAUCUCUUAUGCACAUUGUCCAAGGUGCUGGCAACAGCAUUGUUUAAAUAGAUGUCUUUCUCUUUUAUUUUUUUUUAUGUGCGUUGGGCGUGAUUUUUAAAACACUUGUGAUCAUAUACUAUAUAGAUAUUGUAUUUGCAGCUCUUCCUAUAGAUUUAAUUUACAAAACUUCUCUCUUGUUAUUAUAUGAUAAACAAAGUAAUGCUUUUUACACUGUUCUUGAGAAAUAUCUCUUUAUAACGUUUCAGGCGUAUUGAAAAUCCUCGUAUUCUUUUGCUGGACUGCAAUUUAGAGUACAAGAAAGGAGAGAGUGUGGUAAGUAGAAUGUAUAGGUCAUACUGAUUUGGGGUGGGGGGCUGACAUUAAUCUCUUGUGGGAAAUGUAUUUAUAUUUUGAAAUUGGGAUGGGGAGCAAUGUUGGACAAGAGGGGGGGGGUACAUUCAAACUUUUAGGUGGUUGAAUGGGGUGUUGGGCAUAAAUAGGCUGGCAAAUUGAUGUAAAUAAUAUAAUGAAAUACUCCAAUUAAUAUAUCUCUUCAAAGGUUAAUUUUUUAGUAUGUAAUUAGACUAAAUAUUAUUUUCAAAUGUUUAUCUUUUAAUGUAUGGUUUACUGUGUUUCAGACAAAUAUUGAAAUCUCACAAGAGCAAGAUUUUUCGUAAGUUGCAAAUUUAUAUAUAUCAAUGGUAAUGAUUUGGAAUGUUUUACUUUAUACGUGCCUCAAUAUUUUAUGGGUCCUUAUUUUUCUUCUUUUUUUGAGUUUAUUUGUUGAUUUAUAAAACAUGAUUGACAGUUUCUGUCAUAACUUUUAUUUAACCUUUGAUUUGAUACCAAAAGGGACAGAUGAUGUAUGUAAAUUUUAUUUUGCAAGAAGGGGUGUUGGCUAAUCAUAAGUAUUAUAAAUCUUUGCUUAAAUUAAACCACUCCAGCCCACUUAUUUUUCACCUAUCAUUACUAUCAAGCCAUGCAAUGCCUUCUGAUUUUGUAUUAUUGAUAAGCAUUCUAUUACUUGACUUCAUAAUUAACUUUUUUGAUUUGGUAAGAUUGUAAAAAGAAGACUAAGGUAUUUUAAAUUGUGAAUCUGCUCAAAGUUUUGAUAUGGAUUGCUUAAUGGAGAGAAAAAGUAACAAAAUACACAAAUUUGCGAUAUGUGAUACUAGUAAUAUCAAGCAUUGGACUUUUUUUCAAGCAUUGAGAAAUGUUUUGAAAUUUAACACUCCUUUUCUUUUCUAUAAAUGUUAAACCAGACUAAAAUCUGAAAAGUUUUUGCGUGUUUCAUAAAGAAUUUUGGUUUAUAAUUUUAUUCAUUAAAGGACUUUUUACUUCCCCUGUUAUCAACCUUAAUUUUCUUGUAAGUUUUUUUUCUAUUAACAAAUAUAUUAUUCAAUAUUAAAAAUGUACCAUUAAAAAAUCGUAAUUGUUUGACAUGUUCUGAUAUGAGAAAAUACAAAAAUGUUAACAUAUAUUUGAAAGACAUGACUUUAAGACUGUGCUUAGAGAGUUUAGCAGAUGACACAUUUUAGCUUGCUUCUCUAAUUUUAUUCAUUUAUUCAUAUCUUUUUUAAACAGGAAGAUCUUAAAGCUUGAGGAAGAAUUCAUUGAAAAAGUGUGCAAGGAAAUCAUUGCACUCAAGCCUGACCUUGUUAUUACAGAAAAGGGUGUUUCAGACUUGGCACAACACUAUUUGGUUAAGGAAAACAUCACCGUCAUUAGAAGAGUUAGAAAAUCUGACAACAACAGAAUUGCAAGGUAAUAGUUGUAGAAUUUCUAGUUAAUUUUCGGGGGUUUUUUAUGGUAGAUCAUCAAUGAGCAUCAUUCCAUUUGGCUAACAGUAACAGCAGUGUGUUAGGGAGUCACACUGCAAAAGAGGGAGGACUACAAAAGGCCAACUUUAGCUAGGAGUCAAGGUUCUCCUACAAGAAGUGCAGCCGAGACUGCCAUUACGGGGCAUAAGGGCACUGACCAUCAAAUUUAAAUUUAUAGCAUUCUUAAAUAUAUUUUUUCAUUCCUAUGCACUGUGUCCGGAAAAAGUGGAAUCCUUUUUAUAAUGAUGAUCUCUAACCAGAGAAAUAAGCACCGGGGCACCACAAGGCUGCGUUAUCUCUCCUGUACUGUAUACAAUAUAUACAAAUGAUAUUCAAAGCUCAACCAACACCGUUCCAAUCUUCAAAUUUGCUGAUUAUACCACGAUUGUUGGCUUAAUACCUGAAGGAGAAGGCCUAUACCGUAACUUAAUAACAAGCUUUAUCAAUUGGUGCGAUGAAAAUUUUCUCCAGUUGAAUGUCUCAAAAACAAAAGAAAUGGUUGUUGAUUUCAGGAGGGGGAAACACCUGAUUACAGAUCUCAACAUAAAAAAUCAAAAUGUGGAGAAAGUUGGGGCAUACACGUACUUAGGUGUCAGCAUUAAUAAUAAGCUAACAUGGCAUGAGCACGGCCAAAUCCUGUAUAAGAAAUUCAACCAAAGACUGUUCUACGUCAAAAAACUGUACAAUUUUGGCGUAAACAAGCAAGUCGUUAACUUAUUCUACAGUGCAACUAUUAGAAGCCUGCUUAUUUUCAGUAUUACCUGCUGGGGUGGAAAUUCAACAUCUGAUAUUAAACACCGCAUAAACCGACUAAUCAAGAAAACUAAAAACAUAACACAAACUAAACAUCCUUCACUUGAAGAACUAUUUGAAGAAAGAUGUUUUUGCAAAACUAAACACAUUUUGGAUGAUACAUCCCACCCUCUUCAUCACAGAUGUUUAGGAUCGGGCCAUUCAGGACGAAUUCUUUCCAUCAGAGCGAGGACUGACCGAUAUAAAAAUUAUUUUGUUCACCAAUCUGUACAAAUUUACCGGCAUGCUUCCUCUGAAGUCACACAUCUGAAUGAGAACUAAUAAGUCCCCGAUUUUGCUAAGAGAACUCACUGAAAGGCUUUUUGAAAUAAUUUAUUAUAAAUGUCUUGUGUUCAAAUUGUUUUAUUUAUGUGCUGAAAAUGUAUAACACAAUCAAAAAACAUUUCCAUAUAUUUGGAUCAAUAAAAGAAUCAUCUCAUGAAAACUAAUUUAUCAAAAUUUUAAAUUUCAAAACUCAUUUAACUUCUAACAUAAUUUUAAAUUUUAUUAAACUGUAGUUUGUGUUUUAAGAGUCCACCAUUAGUUUCAUCAAGAUGCACCAAUCAUCAUCAAAAGGGUUCCCUUUUUUCCAAUCGCUGUAGUUAAAUUUACCUUGGUCUUUAGGCUUCAUUCUUUUUUUUUUUUUUUUAUAUUAAAGUUAUAAUUUUUUUUACCUUUUCUAUAGCUUGUGGAGCUACUAUUGCUAACAGAACUGAUGAACUGAAGGAAGAGGAUAUUGGUACGGGAUGUGGUUUGUUUGAAGUCCAGAAGAUAUCUGAUGAGUAAGUGUGCAUUAGAAAAUAGUGUUUUUAUUUUUGAGUAUGUGUUUUCUUUUAUAUAAAUUGGAAAUCCAACAGCAGUCCUUUUCUUCCUUAAAUAUGUCACCAACCCACUACGACAGGGGUCGGGAACCUAUGGUUCACGAGCCAGAUGAGGCUCUAUUGAUGGCUGCAUCUGUCUCGUAGACAAAUGUUCGAUUAUAAAAAAAGUCGCAUUAAUGGUAAGAAAUACUCAUUAUUGAUUAGCAACAAUGUUAUUAAAAAGAAUUCAGACAUAAUUAUUGCAGUUUUAGUGUUGAAAUUACACAAAAUGCACACAUUUACUUGAAUUUUUAGUUUUAAACAUAAUGUAUGGCUCUCACAGAAUUACUUUUCAAAAUAUGUGGUGUCAUGGCUGUCUCAGACAAAAAGGGUUCCCGACCCCUGAGCAUUCAUUAAAAAAAAUUUGUACUAAUCUUUUCCUGUAAUUUCAUCCCCACCUCCCCUUGUCACAAUCUUUCCAUCUCAUCACCCCUACGUUGCCCAAUCAUUUUCAUAACACUCAGCAUUUUUCCACAUUAACACCAUCUAAUCCCCUAUUCUCUCCUGCAGGCUGCUCCACCUUAGAACAAUGUAAACCCAUGCAUUCCUCUCAUCCCUAUCAUCCCCAAUCCUUACUCCUUUAAACCCUCCUCUCACCCCAAUAUCUUAUCUUACCUCUCAAUCCUUUCUCAUCCGAUCCCCCUACCAGCUGCCUUCAUACUACCAGUUUAACAUAAAUAUUAGUGAAAAUAUUUUUACAUUUAAAAACUCUUAUGUUUUAAUUACAACACAUUCAAAUUAUUACUCUUAUCCUUUUAUUGAUAUUUAUACCACUAUCCCUUGUAAUUUUAUUUUAAUUAUGCAUUAAUUUUUUUUAAAAAGGCCUCAAAAUGAAGAUAAGAAUCAUAAAAAAAAAAUAUUUAAAUCUGUUCCUUGAGAGUCAUAGAAGUAAGCAUUAUUAAUAAUUUUGGAAAAAUAAUUGAACACAUAAAAGAUAGUGAAGCAGAUAGUGAUUUGAUAUCUUAGACAUUACUUUUACUUCAUUUUGUUCUCCAUGAGAUUAAAAUUGACUUGCAAAUGUAUUAUUUUCUCAGAUACUUUACGUUCCUAACUGAAUGUAAAAAUCCAAAAGCAUGUACCAUACUUCUUCGUGGUGCCAGCAAAGAUAUCCUUAAUGAGGUUGAAAGGAACUUGCAAGAUGCUAUGAAUGUUGCACGAAAUGUCAUGGUGGAACCUUACCUUGUACCUGGAGGAGGUGCAACAGAGAUGGCUAUCGCCCAGGUUAAUUUAGCAUUCAAUUAUAUUUCUUUCAACCCUUAAAUUGGCACAUUAACCUUACUUUUACACACGUUAGAGUUUGAUAAAUAACUUUUUUUUUAGCUUAAGUUCCAUACACAUUUUAAUUCUUUUUUUUUUUUUAAUUUCAGCUUUUAAAUGAAAGAGCUAAAAGCAUUACUGGAGUGCACCAGUGGCCAUAUCGUGCCAUUUCUAGAGCUUUAGAGGUUAUUCCUCGUACACUUAUUCAGAACUGUGGUGCUAAUACUAUCAGGACACUUACUGCCAUCAGAGUGAGUUUUUUUUUUUGCAUUCAUUUCUUUGCCUUAUUUAAUCAACAACUGAAACAUUUUAAAAUGAGAUAUUGCUGUGGAGCUCUGAUUUUAAUGGCUUGCAAGAUUCACUUUUUAUGUCUGUCUAAAAAAAAUCAAAUAAUGGUGUUAAUUGGGUAAUGGUGAGCAAUCCCAUCGCCUCAAUGAAAAGUGAACCCCUUUUCUCUGUAUAAUUACUUUUAAUUGAAGUCGCAGUAGUAAAAAGUAUUUUAAACAUAAAAAUACUGAUGUCAUCAACUUAUUUAUGCCUACAGUGACUUGCUGCUUAUGUAGUUUUAAAAAUUAAUUACAAACCUGCCAAACCAUCCGAUUAUGUCGGAAUUAUACAGAUUUUUUUAUCCCUCAUUCCCACAAACCAGCUAAAAUUCUCAUUUUCCGAAUGUCUGGUUUUUUCACCCAUUAUAAAAAUCCGAAAGCGACAUAAAAUACAUUUUUUUAAAUACGAAAUUGGGUACGACCGGAAGUGGUGCAUUUCGAUGAUGCCACUUCCUUUGUUUUUACGAACUGUCUACAUGUCCGGCCACUGAACAAAUAAGUUCUCGAAAUAUUUUUCCGGCUAUUAAAUAUUUAACCAAGUCACAUGUCGUAACAAAGUUGCGCGAGAUAUUUAUCCAUCGGCCUUAUCAUGAAGGAAAUAUUUCUCUAGCCAACUCCCAUAGUUUUAAUGCCAAAGUCAAAGAAAUGUUUCCAGUCUCGCAGUUUACUAGAAGAUAGUGAAGAAAAAUACCCUCAAUCUCUUAAAAUCCAACAAUAUCAUCAUAAAAUCGUUCAAUACAUUAACUUAAUAGUAAAAAAAACACACAGUAUAUAUUUAGUGCACACACCUCAAAAUCGUACAUUGUAUGCCAAAAUCGUAAGAGUAAACAGGUCUGAAAUUACAAUGACAAUGAAACGCAAGCUUCUAACUUGCUUGCGACUAAAAUCAGUUGCAAUGCUAACCUUCAGUUGUCCAAAGAGCUGUUGGACAAGUGAAAAAGGGCCACUAGGGAUAUACUGGAAACCUGAACUCUUAGCAGCCUUUGUACAUAUUUAAAUAACAUCAAUAUUCUGUCCUGUAUAUAUCUGUAUAUAAACAUUUCCAGUAAUGUCUUUUUUUUGUGUUCUGUGGACUCUUCAAAGAAAAUGGAGGUAACUUGAUAUUUCUUUAUUUCCUAAAAAAAAAGUCUUGUGCAUUAGUAUGUAGAUCUUAAACCAAUGUGCAACCCCUACAGAUUUUUUUUUCUUGGCAGGUCUGUAAUUUUUACUGGGGGAAAAAAGAAUUGGAAAAGUUUGUGUGUGUAAAUAUAUGAAUUUUUUCUUCAUUUGAAUAAGGCACCACAUAAUCUGCUAUAAUACAGUAGUAAUAUUUAUAAUAUUUAAAAAAAACUAAGCAUGCCUCGUCUGGAUUUUUGGUAAUAAGCUGCAAGUUCUAUACUCUAAUAAUGCACCAGUGGUUUAAUUAUCAGUCUUCUGCCGUUAAAGGGAGCUUGAGCCUAAGAAUGGGACCACACCAGGAAGUCUUCGUGCCACCUUUCACAUUGAAUGAUUUUGAGCGGCACUAUAUAAGUGCACGUCAGCAAAAGCACCAGGCCCAUACAAAAUACACAAUGAAAUGAUCACCCACUUGGGUAGAAAAAUGAAGAAAAAGUUGUUGGAUCUCUCUCACCUGCUAGUCAAAACCAAUUUAAGUCCAACUGGCCGAGCCGCACUCACGUUGCUAAUGAGUCUCAAAAACCGUGAUUUUCCGACUCGGUCAUGGGUUGUGAUUUAAAUGCAUACAAAAAUAUUUUGUUAUGUAAAUCCUUGUCUGCGCUCUAAGAUUCUUGUGAACAGGAAAAUAGCCUUACUUAUCAGGUUCAUGUCUUUUGAGACAAACCAAAGAGAUGUCAAGAGUAAAUUAACCAAAUAUUUAUACACAUCUUUAUUCUUUUAUAGAUACAAUCAUGUCAACAUAAGUUCAUUCUCUUCUUGAGUUGUUUGAUAUAUAGUAUACAGUGCCCCUAGUAAGGUCAGCUGGUGUGAGCUUCUCUCCACCUGAUAUAUAGUGCCCCUAAUAAGGUCAGCUGGUGUGAGCUUCUCUCCACCUGAUAUAUCCUUACAUCCCUACAAGACAACUACAUUCUUCCAUUGACAGUAGAACCCUCUCAAUCCCAAGAACCAAAACUAAGACCAUUGGUGAACGCUCCUUCUGCUUCCAUGGGCCCACGUUCUGGAACCAGCUCCCCUUCCAUAUCCGUCAUUGUGAAACCUCGUCCAUUUUCAAAAAGUCCCUUAAAACUCAUCUGUUUAGGUCCGCCUAUGACCUGUGAUGCACCCUCCUUGCCCUGCCUCAUUUUCUGUUUCGGGUUGAUCCUGAAGUAUAGGCCAAAACGUGUCAAAGUGUCCUCGUUUUAUAGCCAUUUUCAUUGUUUCUAUAGAAUAGUAGUUACUAUCCUAGUGUCUCAUUUUUAUUUUACUUAGUUUACAUGUUUUUAAUAAUUGUAAAGCGCUUAGAGCUUUAUGGUAAGCGCUAUAUAAAAAUGCCUAAAUAAAUAUAUAGUGCCCCUAAUAAGGUCAGCUAGUUUGAGCUUCUCUCCACCUGAUAUAUAAUAAUAAUAAUAAAUUUCAUUUCAAAAACACGCUUCAUCCCCAAAGGCUCGAAGCGCGGUACAAAGUCAACAAAAAAAAAAUCUUAAUUUACCACAUUUAAAACAAACGCAACACUAAAAAAACUAAUUACAAGCAUACAAUGGCAAAGUCUUUCUAGCCAUUUCAACCAUAAGCAACACAGCCAUUAUGCAUUAACUGGGAAAUAAGGUAGACAAUCAUCCCAGAAGGUGUUUGCGAAAUAGAUGUGUCUUUAAAUCGGUUUUAAAGGACUCCAGUGUCUGGUUGUUUCUCAGAUCGACAGGAAGGGCGUUCCAAAUUGUUGGACCAGCAAAUGCGAAAGUGCGCUUUCCGUAAGUCUCAAGGCAAACACGUGGUGUCGAGAGUUUGCCACUAUCGGAUGAGCGGAGCUCUCUAAUGGGUACAUAAGGCGUCAGCAGCUCUUUCAGAUAGGACGACGCCAGGUCAUGUAAGCAACGGUAGCACAAAGUUGCGAUUUUGUACUCUAUGCGAGCACGCACCGGCAGCCAGUGCAACUCUCUCAGAAGUGUUUUUGCAUGGUCGAACUUGCGUUUGCGGAGAACAAUGCGAGCCGCAUUAUUCUGUGCUAUUUGAAUUUUAUCCAGGAGCGUAGCUGGAAGACCCACCAUGAGAGCAUUGCAAUAGUCCAUGCGUGAUAGCACAAAUGCAGCCUCUUUGUUGCAUCAAUUGUUAGGAAGGGCCUGAUUGUGGUGAUCUGACUUAUGACUUAUUAGAGAGGAGUGUCUCUCGUAUGAGAUCUCCUCUUGGCACUCUGUCUAGGGAUAUGUUAUUUAAGCCGAAUAACCACACGGACAUAACACCUAUCUAUAUACAUAUAGUAUAGACUGAAACGAAGUCUUAGUUAAAGGUGAAAUUAACUACAAAUAUUUAUUACACAAUAAUAUUUACAACUUCCUACGUGAAACACUCGUGGUGCUCAAUGUAUAUACAUCAAACGGAUUUCAUCCAAUUAGAAAGGUAUAUUAACACAAAGCAAGUGUCCCUAACAUACAUGCGGUAUCAUCAUUACUACUGCUAUAUUGCUCAAGUUCUAUGCUCGUUCUUGGUAAACUUAGCCUUUAUAGAUUCUGUGAUGGUCUCGGUGGAUCACACAGUGUGGGAGUCCUUCUGUUCAAGAAGCAGUGUCCCUGUUCCGGCCUUCGGUGCUGUUCUGAGCGUAGCGAAGUCGGAGUUCCCGGUCGUAGAGUCCUUGGGAUGUCUGCGAGGGGAAGAUGACUCUCCCGCGAUAAAUCGUGGUGGUGAGAGUCCCUGGAUCUCGAAGUCCUAGCUGUCAGGUAGUUUGGUGUAGGAUGUAGAUCAUCCCCUAGUUCCAGCUCGAGGUAAGUCGGUCCAGUAGUAGAAACCAGGCUAAAGGCAAAAUGAUACAAAAUUGGAUAAGUAUCCAGGCGAAUAUCCAUAAGCUGAUAAGUCCCGUUCCAACAGCAACGAAUUCAGAUCGAUGUAUGGAAGGUGACAUAGCUAGUGCAUAUACAUCCAAAUGGUGGAUGUGAUUAUAAGUCUUGUCAUUGUCGGCGGGAGCAUAUGUUGCAUCGCGACAAUGUUAGACCACUCAAACAUUUUAAUUAAUGACAUGUGGGACAUGGUAUCAAUAACAAUCUUUAAAUUUACAGGCCCAUAAUAUACAUAUUGUCUUCUCGUUAAGAGGGACAUGGGCGAGUUGGAACAACAACCUACCAUCCCCAUGAUGGGAUGGCCGCAUGUCGAAGCCCACAGCAAAAACAAUAAUAUAAUCCAUAAUAUCAAUAUAAAGUGAAUAUAGGCAUUAUUGAAAUAGGAUCAACCACGAUCGAAUAUUUGCGACAUAGCGAAUGAACAAUACAAGUGCAAUACCAAAAUCAUGGUUGCGUACUUACUAGUACUCCAGGUAGCAGUUGAAGUUAAGUAUCACGCCAGUGAAGUGCUAAGUCUAGAUCACUUCAAGCGUCCACAAUCAAGUGAUCAGAUCUUAAAGUCAUGUACUUGCUAAUAUCCUAGGAUGCAGUUAUGUACCAUGCUGACGAAGUUCUGAGUGCAGAUCCUUCCAGCAUUCACCGUCAAGUGAUCAGAUCAUAAAAGGCAGAAUCUUGCUUGUUCGGGCUAUUUAUUCGAGUUCGAUGACGAUUAGCUGAUGGUUCAAUUGGGUGAUUCACAUGAGGGGUCAAUUUUCCAUCCAAUGAAAAUCACUUUCACUGUUGCGGGUUUGACCUUCAACCCUCAAGGUUAAUCGGACUGAGGUGACCAUCCUUUUUCAGGCUUUGGCGUGAGUUCUCUGUCUAGACAAUGCAUUUCCAGCAAGGGACGAUACUCCGCCUUGCUGUCUACAGGGCAAAAAUGAGGGGGGGAAUGGUAUUAUUUCCUCAAGGUUGUUCGGUGGGAUGGUUGACCGCAAAUAGCAUGUUCGGGGGGUGAGCGAACUGGUGCAGGAAUGUGAUAUCACAAGGGAACUCACUCGUUCAGAGCGACUUCGGGGCAACUUGAGGGGAGGGAAAGGAGUUAUUAUACAAGGGUUUCCAAGGGCGGCUUUACGAUAUAAGAAAUUUUACAAAGUCCAGCCUCAGAUCGUCACACUGAUGUGACUAAUCCUGCGCAGCUCCAGAAAAAUCGCCUUGCAUAGCAUGUUAAUAUGACUUUCAAAAGUUAGUCUUCUAUCUAGGUAGACACCCAGGUACCGCACUGUUAGAGCUAACUCAAUACACACACCUGAGAGAGUAAUGGAUGUUGUGUUAUUUGCAGAUUUCUGCUUCUGAGCGGUCGCAAUGGGGAGCAGCUCAGUCUUAUCAUCAUUUAAUUUGAGCUUGUUAAUGGUCAUCCAGUGCUUUACCGACUCCAUUGUCUUCUGUGUCAUACUGAGCAGCUGAGGGAACUGAGAAGGGAUCACAGAUUGAUGAAGUUGUGUAUCGUCCGCGAACAUGUGAUACAACAUGUCAAACUGCCUGAUCUCUGCACCCAGGGGCUGAAUGUACAUCGUGAAAAGCACCGGGCCUAGGACCGAGCCCUGGGGUACUCCGAAUUCGAUAUUAGAUUUCUUCGAGGUCAAGCCGUUUGAAAUUACUGACUGGACCCGAUUAGUGAGAUACGAUCGGAACCAACACAGGACGGUAUCAGUGAGACCGAACGUUUGUUGCAGACGCUGGAGCAGUAUGCCGUGGUUGAGCGUAUCGAAAGCUGCCGAUAAAUCGAGUAAAGACAAAAUCGAUACCCGGCCCUCAUCAGAAGACGACAGAAGGUCGUUUACGACGCGCAACAGAGCUGUCUCAGUAGAGUGAUGCACCCUGUAUGCUGAUUGGAAUGGUUCAAACAAGUCAAACUGAGUGAGGUGAUCCAGGAGUUGGCGGAGAACGACUUUUUCUAAGAUUUUAGAAAUAAAUGGUAGAUUUGAGAUGGGGCGGUAAUUUUCCAUCACAUUUGGGUCAAGAUUUGAUUUCUUUAAUAGUGGAGUGACGAUCGCCUCUUUAAAAGAUGAUGGAACAAUACCAGUAGCUAAGGACUGAUUUAUGAUAUAAGUGAUGAUGGGGACUAUUUCAUCCAGACAUUCAUACAAGAGCCCUGCUGGAAGAAGGGUCAAGCGAACAUGAAUACGGCGCCCCUAAUCAGGUCAGCUAGAGUGAGCUUCUCUCCACCUAAUACCCACUUGUUGGCCAUAUUUUCAACGUUUGAAAGACAAACCCCAAAAUAUUCUCUGGUUGAAUCUAACUUAUAUUCACCUUUUUCUUCUAAUUUAGGCAAAGCAUUCACUACCUAAUAAUACAACAUGGGGUAUUGAUGGUGCUACUGGAAACAUUGUUGAUAUGAAAACUUUUGGUGUCUGGGAACCCAUAUCUGUCAAACAACAAGUGUACAAAACAGCCAUUGAGGUAUGAGAGGAAACAGUUAUUUAAAGCUUUCAAGAUAAUAAUGUUGGUUGAAGAUUGCUUUUUAAUAGAAAAAUAUUAAUGCUUUGAGGGUAGAAUUUUUAAAUUAAAUUGAGAGUAAUAUGUUUUUAACAAAAUUAAAUUGAGAGUAAUAUGGUUUUUUUUUAAAUUGAGAGUAAAAUGUUGUGUUUUUAAAUUGAGCGUAAAAUGUGUUUUUUUUAAAUUGAGAGUAAAAUGGUUUUGAAAACGUAUUUUCCGUUCAUGUGCAGACUGCCAUCCUGUUGUUACGCAUUGAUGACAUUGUAUCAGGUGUGAAGAAACAAGGAGGGGACUCUCACUCUGCUCCACAACAGGCACAAGCAUCUGAAGGACCAGAACAGUGAUGAGGCCGACUUGUGCAUUGUCAUUUUUGCUAUUUCACAUUUGUAAUGCAUCCCUUUUUCAUACAGUUGAGUUAGCUUGAACUUUUUGGGAGAUGUAUUCAAAGUAUUUAAGCAAUGAAAUGGAUGUCUGUGUGUGUGUGUUUACUGUUCUGCUUCUGUGAUUAGCUCAUCAUUUUCAAUUUUAUUCUUAUUAGCAACUUUUCUUACAGCAUUUGAUACUUUAGUUAUGGUACAUUUUAAAGUAUAUGCAAUUUAUGGUUUUUCUCAGAGGAAUCACUCUAAUUAAUAUUGUUUAAAAAUUUUUGAAGAAAUUACAAUAAAUUGAAAUCCAUAAAUUUUCUAGGAACAAAUGAAUAGUUAAUUGUUUUAUAUUUGUGUACUUUCAUUUGAACAAAUUUUAAGGAAAUUUUGAUUUGGCUCCAGGAUAUAAUAAUUUGUACUUUCCAUACUCAGUAUUUAAAAACGUUCUUAAUAAAAUAAAAUCAUUUUUUAAUAAUUUCUUUUCACUUUAAAUUUUACUGUUUUUUUUUAAUUAAAAAAGGUGUUUUUGCAUUGUUGCUUAGCAAUGUUAGUGGUUUUAAGAUACUCUGCUGAAGCUGUGUUUCCCAACAUUUUCUGUACUCUUCAUCCCUGAGUAACAACGUAUUGUUGAACUAAGUCUGGCAUCCCCUUCUAAAGUAAUGAUGCAUUUUAAAACUGGAAAAAACAGGACUAGCGUUUUUUAAAUUGCAUUACAAUUACCAUGAGAUUUGUAGAACUUAAAAAUAUAAGCUUGUGACUUAUUACAAUUAGUAACAUGUUAAUUUUAUUUUUAAAAUAUAUAUAUACAAAUAUUUAUAUGCAAAAGUCCUUGCCUCCUCUGUCUUGUAAUCUUUUCGUGGCACACCCUUAUACUUAUAUGCAACCUUGCACUCCCUGGAACUUGAGGUGCUCGCACUGUUGAGAAAUCCUGGUCUAAGGAUUUCCAUUUUAUAUUAAUAUAUUGGUCUGUCUUUAAUACUAAUAGUAAUUUUGCUUAGCUUCAGGUUUGUUCUCAACAAUUGUGUAACACAAGCUUUAAAGAUAAAAUUCACCUUUUCCUAGGAGUUUUGAUUACUUAUGUGAAUGGUCUUCUGAUUAUUUUCUUUUAAUUCAGUGCAAGCGCAAGCUCCAAGCUAUUAUUGAAUUAAAAGAAAUUUUAAAAAAUAAAUUUAUAAAUUAUAAUCAAAUACAUAUAAUAUUUAUUUCAAAUGAAAUAAGGCACUAUGUUUAAGGCUACAUACACAUAAGACAUUCACAUAGUGAUAUCACCAGAACAUAAGUCAUCUAUUCUUGCCCAUUUUUGUAUGUUGUCAUACAAACAAGAGAGCACAAUUAUUGUUAGCACUUAUAAUGUAACAAACAAAUAGCUGCAACACACUAUUAAAAAAUAUUAGAAAUAUGUUGUCUGAUUCCUGAUUUAGUUAGUACUCGCCUUUUUUAAACAUCAGUUUGAAACCUCAC